AUGGCGGCCGCGGCCUCGCCGGGCUCCUGCUCGUCCACCUCCUCAGACUGGAUUGUACUGAGAGACGGUUGCCGUCGUUGCGACGAGGAGGGCCUGCGAAGCCUUUCCUACCACCCGGCCCUUAACGCUAUCCUGGCUGUUAAUAGCCGGGGCAGUAUCAAAGUCAUCGACGGCACAUCAGGGGCAAUUCUCCAAGCCUCGGCCUUGCAUGGUAAGUCAGGGCCCAGGGGCUAAGUAACUGUUUUAACUAGGUACGGUUAGUUUGCUAAUGUUUAAUUAUUUUGACAAUCACCUCAGUUAACUUGGGGUUAGCUAGCUAGCCGUAUUUGGCUAGUUAGCAAAUGAAAUAACGUUAGAACGUGAAUUCUGACGUUUAACUAAAGUACCGAUUCACGAAACAAUUUGUUUUAUCCGAUUCCUAACAAUUACUUGCAUAACAUAGUAGCUAGCUAGCUUACUUACUACCUAAAUUAAAGCUAGAGUUACAUCAAAGUCAGAUACUGACAGUGGCAAACUAGCUCCUAUCUGGUUAGCUACAGUAGAUAGUUACAUGUCUUAAGACUCUUGCUGUCAAGACAGUUUGUUAAAAUAGUUAGGUAGUUAACUAUCUAACUGGCUAACUGAAUUUACGCCAAUGUUAGCGAUUUCUUAUGAAAACAGCUCGUUUCGCAUCAUCAGCUAGCUGGCUAAGCUAGCGAACCCGCUAACAUUAUCUAACGUUUAACGUCAACAUUCAAUCAAUCGUUAAUAAUGCGCAUAUUAUAAUAGUGCGACUUGGUUAACGUUAGCUAUAACGUUAAUUAGCUAAUCAACUUCCUUGCUGUAAAUCCAUCACACAACAUUACGCCAUGUUUAGGUAACAUGUUUAGGUAACAUUUAGCAAGCUAGAUAAUCAGCAGUAACUAAUGUUAGCUAGCUAGCGAACUAAUUGUGAUGAUACGACUCGGCCUAGCUAGCUAACUAGCUAAAUAGCUAAUGUUACCUAGCUAACUAUGUAACAGUUAGCUAGUGCACUAACUGUUCGUUGGCUGUGUUGGAAAGAGGUACACCAUUGUGUAAUGGCUGGCUAAGUUAUCUGUAAAGAAAGCAUUUGUGGACUAGUUUUGUCACAUUACUUACAAUGUCCAGUUUCGAGUAACUAACGUUAGCUACCCACGUGAAGUUACAUCAGUUACUGUAGUUAACUAACGAUAGCCUAGGUUUAAUAUUAGCGUAACUACCAGUUAAUAACGUUACAUUUGUUAGUCAGGUAUGUUAGCUAAGCUGUCAGUUCAUCGAUGAUCACCCGGCCGCGAGCAUGUGGUGUCGCAGUAAAUGUUCUUAACAAGCGUGCUAGCUAUAUAUAACUAGUUUGUUGCAGAAUGUUUAUCUAGCUAGCUCUAGCUACUAGUUGGUUAUGACGUGUUGUUGCUAUUCGUACUACGCAGAACGAGAAAGUAUGCAAUGCCUGUUGGCAAUCUAGCUAGCGAAUAGUGUUGUAGCUGUACAAUUUGGGGAAGGAAAUGGUUGACGAUAGUGAGUUAAGUCCGCGUGGGUUUAGUUUUUGACAGUUUAUAUUUGACGAUGCCAAACAAUGGAAAUGAUUGGUGUUUGUUCUACAACGUGACUCCCCAUCUGUAGCUACAUUGAAUCCAAUGAGCACAAACAUCUGGGUGUAUUUUGAUGCCUUUCGUCUAUAGUGCCCACUGUAGUUAAUUUACUACAGUAGUAAAGUUAGCUACCAACUGAAUCAAUUUGCUGAACUGAAGCUGUAAACCAUUUCAUGGCUUUUAGUGUUCACUUCAAUGUGUAAUGUGCUGUAAAAUCACUUCCCUCAAUGACUUCCCUCUUAGCAUAUGCACUUAGCUAUUUAUUUAUUAAUCUAUUUUAACAUUGCAGUUGGGGCAUCUCCCAGUUCUGAGUGGAUGUGUUUAUGUCCUCAUGUGUUUGGGUAUGCAGUAUGCUGGACUGACUGUUUUACAUUACAGCACAGAAUGAAGUGGUAAUAACAUAGUUAAAGGCUAUAGGAGUGUCUGGGGGGAAAUGUUUUAAUUGUAAGUAACUAUAACAUUACAGUAGUAGUAGUAAAUAAUAAUAAUAAUAAUAAUAAAAAAUUGUUAUCCAAUAGGGCAAUGCAUUCAUUAUUUUGGGGGAGACUGUAAUUGAAAUUUAAACACAAGUUUUGUAAAUUGUUUAGGCUUUACAUUUCAUUCUGAAGUGCAACAUCUCCUUGUAAGCCUUGAUUGUUUCUUGGUGCUGCAUUAUGCCAAACAAUGAUACAUAACCAGUUGUUUUCAGUCAGGAUGCCCAUGAGAUUAUUGUGACUGUAACUAGCAACUUGCAGUUUACCUCUUCAAUAUUUCAAAGACUAAAUUCAAAGAUUUAGGCUAUUUUAGUAUCUGAUUAACAUGAUCUGACAGCAGAGGUCCAGCCAAUGCUAUGUCUUAGUAGCUAAACCCUUGAUGUUUGUGUUUCCUAGCUAAACCUGGAGGCCGUGUUAGGUGUCAGUACUUCCCUGCGGUAGACAAGGUCCUCUUCGUGGACGACUAUGCAGUGGGCUGCAGAAAGGACUUGAACGGCAUCCUGCUGCUGGAUACAGCCCUGCAGGCCCCCGUGGCCAAACCAGAGGACAUGGUCCAGCUAGAGCUGCCUGUCACAGAGGUAAGAGAGCUAGCCAGUGCACAUAGCACUCACAAAAGUUGUCUUUUAAACCCAUUGACAUAGAAUAGCUGACAUUAAUAUGUUCACAAACAAUGGUAUUAUAGUACCACACACAAUGAACAACAAUGAUCAAUGCUCAAAAACAGUGGUACUUUGGCUGAUUGUCAUCUUACCUUUAUGUUUUUAAUGCAUCUAUUUUUUAAAUAUAAACUUUUACUGUUGUGAGUGCAAAAUAUGUCACCGGUAUCAAUCGUUUGAAUAUGUCCCACUACUGCAAGCAUUGUCUACCUUGCUCUAAGAUCACACAAACCUGACGACAGGCCUGCUUAGUAAUGUAGAAAAACUGGUCCACAGUGAGAGCACACAUGCUAACUGUGGAGAAUCCACCACUCCUGUUCAUUUAUGUCUUAAUGAGUAUGACAAUUCUUGGCCUGUGCUAAUAAAUCAAAUCAAAUCAAAUCAAAUUUUAUUGGUCACAUGCGCCGAAUACAACAGGUGCAGACAUUACAGUGAAAUGCUUACUUACAGCCCUUAACCAACAGUGCAUUUAUUUUAAACAAGAAAGUAAGAAUAAAACAACAACAAAAAAGUGUUGAGAAAAAAAGAGCAGAAGUAAAAUAAAGUGACAGUAGGGAGGCUAUAUAUACAGUAAAAUAAAGUGACAGUAGGGAGGCUAUAUAUACAGGGGGGUACCGUUGCAUAGUCAAUGUGCGGGGGCACCGGCUAGUUGAGGUAAUAUGUACAUGUGGGUAGAGUUAAAGUGACUAUGCAUAAAUACUUAACAGAGUAGCAGCAGCGUAAAAAGGAUGGGGUGGGGGGGGCAGUGCAAAUAGUCCGGGUAGCCAUGAUUAGCUGUUCAGGAGUCUUAUGGCUUGGGGGUAGAAGCUGUUGAGAAGUCUUUUGGACCUAGACUUGGCACUCCGGUACCGCUUGCCGUGCGGUAGCAGAGAGAACAGUCUAUGACUAGGGUGGCUGGAGUCUUUGACAAUUUUGAGGGCCUUCCUCUGACACCGCCUGGUAUAGAGGUCCUGGAUGGCAGGGAGCUUUGCCCCAGUGAUGUACUGGGCCGUACGCACUACCCUCUGUAGUGCCUUGCGGUCAGAGGCCAAGCAGUUGCCAUACCAGGCGGUGAUGCAACCAGUCAGGAUGCUCUCGAUGGUGCAGCUGUAGAAUUUUUUGAGGAUCUGAGGACCCAUGCCAAAUCUUUUUAGUCUCCUGAGGGGGAAUAGGCUUUGUCGUGCCCUCUUCACGACUGUCUUGGUGUGUUUGGACCAUGAUAGUUCGUUGGUGAUGUGGACACCAAGGAACUUGAAGCUCUCAACCUGUUCCACUACAGCCCCGUCGAUGAGAAUGGGGGCGUGCUCAGUCCUCUUUUUUUUCCUGUAGUCCACAAUCAUCUCCUUUGUCUUGGUCACGUUGAGGGAGAGGUUGUUGUCCUGGCACCACACGGCCAGAUCUCUGACCUCCUCCCUAUAGGCUGUCUCAUCGUUGUCGGUGAUCAGGCCUACCACUGUUGUGUCGUCGGCAAACUUAAUGAUGGUGUUGGAGUCGUGCCUGGCCAUGCAGUCAUGGGUGAACAGAGAGUACAGGAGGGGACUGAGCACGCACCCCUGAGGGGCCCCCGUGUUGAGGAUCAGUGUGGCAGAUGUGUUGUUACCUACCCUUACCACCUGGGGGCGGCCCGUCAGGAAGUCCAGGAUCCAGUUGCAGAGGGAGGUGUUUAGUCCCAGGAUCCUUAGCUUAGUGAUGAGCUUAGAGGGCACUAUGGUGUUGAAUGCUGAGCUGUAGUCAAUGAAUAGCAUUCUCACGUAGGUGUUCCUCUUGUCCAGGUGGGAAAGGGCAGUGUGGAGUGCGAUAGAGAUUGCAUCAUCUGUGGAUCUGUUGGGGCGGUAUGCAAAUUGGAGUGGGUCUAGGGUUUCUGGGAUUAUGCUGUUGAUGUGAGCCAUGACCAGUCUUUCAAAGCACUUCAUGGCUACAGACGUCAGUGCUACGGGUCGGUAGUCAUUUAGGCAGGUUAUCUUAGAGUUCUUGGGCACGGGGACUAUGGUGGUCUGCUUGAAACAUGUUGGUAUUACAGACUCAGUCAGGGACAUGUUGAAAAUGUCAGUGAAGACACUUGCCAGUUGGUCAGCACAUGCUCGGAGUACACGUCCUGGUAAUCCGUCUGGCCCUGCGGCCUUGUGAAUGUUGACCUGCUUAAAAGUCUUACUCACAUCGGCUACGGAGAGCGUGAUCACAUAGUCGUCCGGAACAGCUGGUGCUCUCGUGCAUGCUUCAGUGUUGCUUGCCUCGAAGCGAGCAUAGAAGUGGUUUAGCUCGUCUGGUAGGCUUGUGUCACUGGGCAGCUCGCGGCUGUGCUUCCCUUUGUAGUCUGUAAUAGUUUUCAAGCCCUGCCACAUCCGACGAGCGUCAGAGCCAGUGUAGUAUGAUUCAAUCUUAGACCUGUAUUGACUCUUUGCCUGUUUGAUGGUUCGUCGGAGGUCAUAGCGGGAUUUCUUAUAAGCGUCCGGGUUAGAGUCCCGUUCCUUGAAAGCGGCAGCUCUACCCUUUAGCUCAGUGCGGAUGUUUCCUGUAAUCCAUGGCUUCUGGUUGGGGUAUGUACGUACGGUCACUGUGGGGACGACAUCAUCGAUGCACUUAUUGAUGAAGCCAGUGACUGAUGUGGUGUACUCCUCAAUGCUGUCUGAAGAAUCCCGGAACAUGUUCCAGUCUGUGCUAGCAAAACAGUCCUGUAGCUUAGCAUCUGCGUCAUCUGACCACUUUUUUAUUAGCCGAAUCACUGGUGCUUCCUGCUUCAGUUUUUGCUUAUAAGCAGGAAUCAGGAGGAUAGAGUUAUGGUCAGAUUUGCCAAAUGGAGGGCGAGGGAGAGCUUUGUAUGCGUCUUUGUGUGUGGAGUAAAGGUGGUCUAGAGUUUUUUCCCCUCUGGUUGCACAUUUAACAUGCUGGUAGAAAUGAGGUAGAACGGAUUUAAGUUUCCCUGCAUUAAAGUCCCCGGCUACUAGGAGCGCUGCAUCUGGAUGAGCGUUUUCCUGUUGAUUAAUGGCCUUGUACAACUCAUUCAGUGCAAUCUUACCUCAGACUUUCAUGUAAAUCAUGCAUCUCAGUGGGAGAUUUGCGUAAAAAUGUGUGUGAAUCUAAAGUUAGGAAUCGAUCAUUACACCCCUGAAAUAAUUAAUGAGGGUGCUCAUCUUUGUUUCAUGUCCUUUGCUAUCUCUGGCCUGUGGUAUCUGUAUGGCCUGGUUACACUAACUUUUUUAAAUUGAACUAUUUGAACACAGCGUUUCCCCCUCUGGUGAGUCAAUAUAGCCUACAGACAGUUGCAAUUGGACCCAUUGUGGUAUUCUAGCCUUUUCCUGAAAAGGGAUGCACAGAGAAACCGCAAUUUAUAAUUUCAGAGAAAGCCUUAGUGUUUCUAUUGCUGAGUUGCCAUUGUAAUUGUAGAAUGUAUUAAUGUAGGCUACUAUUAGGGAUGUGACAGAUGGACAAUUGUUCUUAACGUUUAAACUGACAUUUUAUCUGUUUUCCAUUAAACCGAUAACAUUUCAUAAAAUUAGAUGUGAAUUUCUAUUGUGUGGUAUGACCGUUAGGUGUGAUGAAAUUGUAUCAGUCAUACGGUAGGCUUAGGCAUCUGGAAUCUGCUUUGUGGCUUCCUGAAGGCAGGUGAAAUUUUGUCCCGAAGACAACCGUUCAUUCACGUUGUGAUUUAUGUGCAUUAGCGACUCUCAACUCUCCCAUGUUUCAUGAGCUGAAAUAAGAUUCCAGACAUUUUCCAUACGCACAAAAAUAUUAUUUAUCUCAAAUUUUGUGUACAAAUUUGUUUACAUCCCUCUUAGUGAGCAUUUCCCCUUUGCCAAGAUAAUCCAGUCACCUGACAGGUGUGGCAUAUCAAGAAGCUGAUUAAACAGCAUGAUCAUUACACAGGUGCAUCUUGUACUGGGGACAAUAAAAGGCCACUCUAAAAUGUGCAAUUUUGUCACAUAACACAAUGCCACAGAUGUCUCAAGUUUUGAGGGAGCGUGCAACUGGAAUGCUGACUGCAGGAAUGUCCACCAGAGCUGUUGUUAAUUUCUCUACCAUAAGCCGCAUCCAACUUCGUUUUAGAGAAUUUGGCAGUACGUCUAAACCGGCCUCACAACCGCAGACCACGUGCUACUACGCCAGCCCAUAAAUGGACUGGUUGAUUUAAAUGAGGGAAAUAUGUGUUCCAACCACGAGCUGCAGUGUUGGAAUAAUAGACACGUCUCGUCUAUUUUGGGCUUUUUUGCCAGCUGCUAUACUGUGCCAUUUAGAAUAGGUUACAACCUCCCCUAAACCUAGGCAGAAACAUUAUUUUGAUGAAGGCAAAUAGCCUAUUCAUUAGUCUAGGGGCCUACUUUGUUUCAUGUUUAACAAAAGCAGGCUUCAGUAGCGUGAGUCGCGGCUCAAAUGGCGCUUGCAGUCCUUCAUUUAAGAAAUUACCUUCGCAACUCAAGUAAGCUAUGGACAAGGGUUACGUAUCAACUGCAAUGAUUUCUUUAAUCAGCACUUUUUCCCCCCAACUCUUAACGACGCUGACGUGCUGAGCGCUUCAUCUGUUGCAAAUAAUUAGAAAGAUGCAUAUCCCCUCUUACUAAUGUUACAGCAUUGUUACGUUAGGUAGGACAUAUAUAUAUAUAUAUAUCUUUUUUCCUUUAUGAUGAUGAUCAGGACCUGUUAGUAGUAGUUUAUGAUAACACAGUGAUUUAAGUUUUGUGGGGGGGGGUAAACUCAUUGUUUUUCGCUUAAGGAUUUUUUUGUUAAAGAUUCAAUUUCAUUUAAAUGUUCACACCCAUGAAUUUUACCAAGCAAAUUGAUGCUAAAGGUGAAUAUUUCAUUUUUUAGGCUACACACUGGAAACUGUUUCCCUUUGCCUGAUAUACACUGACAGACUUUCUUUAAUUAUUCUUUAUUUAAACAGUUUCUUGUUGUACCGGCCCAUCAAAAGUCAUAGCAAGUUUAGCCAGAUCGUUUUAACCCUUGACUGUUGCAAACCUGUUGGUUUCAAAGCAAGGCUUACUUUACUUUAUGACCUUUGUCUGUUUUAUAUGUGCCCCAUGUCUAAAUCAUUACAGGCUAUCUGGUGUGGUUUGCUCACAGACAGUAGGCCUAUGUACUCAGACGUUUUCCCUCCUCAUUCCUCUGAGAGACUGAUGGAUGUUUUAAUCAUCACACCACAGGCGCUUAGAUCUGAGCACACACAGCCUAUAUCCCAGCCAAGACCAUGUUUUAUUCCUCAUUGAAAUGCUCAGAAGGUGUCCCAAUAUUUAUAUUGACUGCAUGCCAGUGCAUGUGCACCUAUGCUUUACUGGAGGGGGAUAAAGGGAAAGGGUUGCCUUAAGUUAUCCAGUAAGAAUAAUAUUUAGUAAAACCGUUUUAUUCUAAGAUGCCCCUUUCCCACCCGGUUACACAGCUAAUUUGCAUUUGUUGGUCCACCUGUAGAGUGGAGCUUGUUUUUUUCAGUCCUUGCAUCCAUUGCUGUCUAUGAAUUUGACAGUGGUUACAUGGCAUGGUCAGACUGGUUGAAAUGACAGAUUGUAAAAAUAAUAAUAACCCCUUUGGGCUGCUGCCCUCUGUGGGAACGGCUGGGUGUACUUUGUGCUGUCAGUAUUAUUGAUCUACCCAGGCUGUUCCUCCUCUCCUACAGCAGUCUGUUACUGUUAACUCCCUCCCUCCUGCCUGCCUGCUUUGUCACAUCUGAUCUGCCCCAUCUCUCCAAGGCUCUAUCUAAUGAGUAUUGACCGCAUCUCCAUGCCAGCUAGCGGUGGAUAAUGCUGCUACUAGAAGUUACUCAGGAAAAUCAAUCAUAUUACUAGCAAGCCUAGCCUAGUGAGUUUUACUGGACAAUGAGAACAAUAUUUUUUAUGUAACAUAUUUGUGAAUGAUUUAUGUAAUUUGCGAUCUGAAUCUAAUGAGUCAACAACAACUGGCAUACGACCUUGGUUCCAUCAUUGAACCCAUUAUUGUAUCUCUGCCCCUUGUACUAUGCCGUGAGUGUGGAUCUAUGUGUGUGUUCCCUGCAGGCUCAGCAGAUGCUCUCGGCCUGCCUGGAGAAGGUAGAUGUGUCCAACACGGAGGGCUACGACAUCUUCAUCACUCAGCUCAAAGAAGGGCUGAAGAAUACCUCACACGAGACGGCAGCCAAUCACAAAGUGGCCAAGGUGAGUCACACUCAGCGCUCUGGGAGGAGGCGAACUGUGUCACAACUUGCCUACUAA